CACCAUUGAAAGAUCUAUUUCACGCUUUCUUUCGCAGUCUUGAAAGUUCCGUCGAAGUUCUUGUUCGAGUCAUUUGUUCCCGGUGCGAUACAUUCGCUAUUUCGGUGAAAAAACUAGUGUUCCUUUCUGAAAAGUUUUACUACUCUAAAAAGUUUUCAUAAAAUGGCUCCACCAGCAUAUUCAGAUCUUGGCAAACAGGCUCGCGAUGUAUUCAACAAAGGCUAUCAUUUUGGCCUAUGGAAACUGGAUGUUAAAACCAAGACUAGCUCUGGUGUUGAGUUCAACACCAGCGGUCACUCGAACCAGGACAACGGCAAAGUGUUCGGUUCUCUCGAGACGAAAUACAAAGUCAAGGAGUAUGGUUUGAAUUUUUCCGAGAAAUGGAACACGGACAACACACUGACCUCGGAGGUGUCCAUUGAAAACCAACUGGUCAAGGGACUGAAACUAUCGUUCGAUGGUUCAUUUGCACCGCAAACCGGAAGCAAGACAGGACGAUUCAAGACUGCCUACUCGCAUGAUAAAGUUCGCGUUGAUGCCGACGUGAACGUCGAUCUCGCUGGUCCACUGGUGAACGCUUCCGGUGUAUUUGGAUACCAAGGAUGGCUCGCUGGCUACCAGGUUGCAUUUGACUCCCAGAAAUCAAAGAUUACCGCUAACAACUUUGCUCUGGGUUACUCAACCGGUGACUUCAUUCUGCACACAAAUGUCAACGACGGACGUGAAUUCGGUGGUCUGAUUUAUCAGCGAUGCAAUGAUCGUCUGGAAACUGGUGUACAGUUGUCGUGGGCUACUGGCUCCAACGCCACCCGAUUUGGUCUUGCCGCCAAGUACGAUCUAGACAAGGACGCAAGCGUUCGUGCCAAGGUUAACAAUCAGAGCCAGAUUGGUCUUGGUUAUCAACAAAAGUUACGCGACGGUAUUACUCUGACGCUGUCCACGAUGAUCGACGGCAAGAGCUUCAAUACCGGUGGACACAAGAUCGGUGUCGCUCUGGAAUUGGAAGCCUAAACAGUAAAAUCGUGUUCGUGUUUUAACAAACCAGAUUCAAAUCCAAUAACUAUUAAAAACCUAACUAACAAAGGAGCAAAAUACAACGUAUAGUAAAAAAAUACAUUCGCAACAUGUUGAAAGACAGUGUUAGUCUUGAAAAUGCGUCCCUCUCAUAGGGCGAAUUCUGCGAUUAUUGAAGCGUGCUAUAAAAGUACAGCUAUUGAACCGCCAGAAUUAAUAUAAAAAAACGUAAAAAAUAAAGAUGGCUAAAAAUCAGAAAAUUUA